AUGGAUAUCCGGCGACUCGAGGCGCGGGACAUCCCGCUGAUUCAGCAUGCGAACCUGGAGAACCUGCCCGAGAACUACUUCAUGAAAUACUACCUGUACCACGCGCUAUCAUGGCCGCAGCUAAGCUAUGUGGCGGUCGACGUGUCGCGGCCCAAGAAGACACCCUACGACUACCCCAAGAUCGUAGGCUACGUGCUGGCCAAGAUGGAGGAGGAGCCCGCCGACGGCGUCCAGCACGGCCACAUCACGUCUCUGUCCGUCAUGCGCACGCAUCGCAGGCUGGGCAUCGCUGAGAAGCUCAUGAGACAAGCUCAACUAGCCAUGGUCGAGACCUUCGGCGCGCAGUACGUCUCUCUCCACGUGCGCGUGUCCAACAAAGCCGCCAUCCACCUGUACACCAAGACGCUCGGCUUCGACAACGAGAAGAGCGAGGCCAAGUACUACGCCGACGGCGAGGACGCCUACUGCAUGCGGCUGGAGCUGUCGGCGAUCCGCAACCAGAUCCAGGAGGCCGCCGAGGCGGAGGAGGAGGAGGGCAACGUCAACGACGGCGAUGCAGACGAGGGCGAGCCCGUGGGCGACGUCGGCAAGGCCGGGGAGGACGGUGGCGACAACAAGAAGACGCUGGCGGUGCGCGGCGGCAAGGACGGCGGCAAGGAGGUCAAGCGCAAGGUCAAGGUCGGCCGCUCGCUCGGCGUCCAGGCGCUCGUGGAAAAGGACGAGAGUAAGCACUCGUAG